AUGGCGCUGCUGCUGGGCGGGCUGCUUGGACGUGCUCUGACAAGGGGCUCAAAUUUAAUAGAAAAUGUUUACAUAGCUUCGAGAAGCAGGAAGGAGCCAAAGUUCCCCCAGGCCAGCGAGGUCCCCGAGCACAGGCUGCAGGUGAACAACAUUACUGUUUCUAAGAAACGCAGCUGGCUGCAGCAGAGCACACACCGAACUCCUCCUCCUCCUCUGGAAGAAGAAAACACCUGUAAGGAAACGCACGGAGCUGUUAUCCCAAUACCCAAAUCUCCCAUCCUGCUGCCUGAAACUGCAGUGCCACGGGCGCCUUCCACAUUACCGGUGGGGCGGGAGCGCCCCGCGCGAAGCUGCGCUCCUGUCGGAGCCCUGCCAAGCGCCGAAAGCCCUGCCGUGCCAAGGAGCGCUGCUGUGGACUUCAGUGAGGAUAACGAUGCAGAUGAUGAAGGAGAAAUAUGGUACAACCCGAUCCCUGAAGAUGAUGAGCCUGACUUGCCGAGGGUCUGCCCUUCUUCUGUGAAUAGCCCUGUUGCCGAGGGCUCCCUGGCGGUACGGUACAAACCCCGCCCUGGGGGUGACUCGGGGACGGCCACGGUUCCCCAUGAGGGUCCCCCACGCUCCAUGGAGAGCACGGGGGACAAUCGGAUGGCUCAGCCCAGCGAAGCGAGUCAGGCCGAUGUUGUGCAUCCUGGGGAGCACAUGCAGCAGCACCGGCAGAGGUUUGCCUGCAAGGUUCCCAGCGUGCCAGCAGUAGAGGACAAUCCCGCCUUUAAGUGCCCUUCAACAGGUACUGCUGUCGAGGACGCUCUGAGGACCGCCGCCAUGAUGAAGAGCAGGCAGUGGUCAGCCCCUUCGCCUCUCAUCGUGCAGGCGGCCUCGGGAGGUUACUCUGCAAGCCCUCCCCUUUUUAGUUAA